AUGUCUUGGAAGCGACGCCAAUCCUGGCGACUGCACCCUUUCGAAGAGAAGCUGCGGAGAUCGAGGAUAGCAAUGAAGCAGUGCAGGUCGAUGAAUUUAUGGAAACCACAUCUACCACUGCAGCAGAGACCAUGGCAAAAACCACAGCGCAAAUCUCCAGGGCGCCGUGGGCGCCGCUACCGCGGCUGCCGAACCAUUUGGCCAAGAUGCCUGGAAGCAAGGCCUGGCGUCCCAGUGACUUCCAGGAUCUCCCCGCGAUGCCUCCGGAGGGUGUGGAACGCGAGUCGGGCAGAGAUGUCGGGGCCAUAUCCUCUGAUGGAGAGCUUGCUGCGACGGCUGACGGAGGGCAACGAGACGGUGCGGAUUGAAGUCUUCGGAGGGAGUAUGACCGUUGGGUCGGAGUGUUGCAUGGAGCAGUGCAAAAUGAACGAAGGCCAAUGCGCGUGGCCGACCCUCUUCGGAGCCUAUCUGCAAGAAACCUUUCCGAACUCCGUGCAGCUGCUCUCCUAUGCGCGAGGUGGCUGUAACUUGGAAUGUGCUGAAACUGAGAUGGUCGUGGCGCAGAAAAGUGCCAACGUCCCAGUGGAUUGGAUCAUUCUGGACUUCAGCCAGAAUGGCUGGGGAGGGCAAGAUCACAAACUGGAAGAAUUGAUUCGUAUUUGCCACCUUUUCCUGCCGCAGACGUUGGUUCUGUUGAUCUACAACCGCGACAUGGGCAGUUUCUCUCACACUUCCCGUGAUGAUAAGGCGUUGAAGAUCUUGCGGGGAGUGGCGGAGCACUACAAGUUGCCCAUGCUGAACUAUGAGAACGCAAUGGAAGAGUUCUCCCGCCGUGGGGGUUCUCAGUCCACCAUGUGGCCCCGCAACGUGCAGCCCACCGCCUGGCCCGACUGGGCGUAUCGGCACCCGCGCUGGGCAGGGCACGCCUUCUACGCCGACAUGUUGGCGGAGUGGGUGAACCAACAGUUGGCCUUGCUGGAAACGACACCCACCGAAGCGCGGCUUCCCUUGGCGCAGCUGCCACGGCCGCAGCUGCGGAAACCCAAAGAUGUGACGGUCGAUGAGGGCUGGAUCCCGCCCUUGCGAAGACAUAGUCAGCAGAAUAUCGAAUACAAUGCGGAACUGUGUCUCUUUCCCCUGACUACACAUCUGGCGAGAAAUCCCGAGAGCCAUACGCCGUUGCAAAGUCCGGGUGGUCAGUGGCGCCUGUUCGAAGAUCGCAGGAACAAACCAGGAUGGAUCGUGACAGAGAAGAAUGACACCUUGUUCUUCAACGUCAGCUUCAGUGGCAAGCCCAAGUUGGCACUGCAAUACCUCCGCAGCUACGAACACCUUGGCACGGCCGAAGUGACGAUCCACUCGCCCUACGUCUGGCAUUGCAAGCAGCUGGGAGGACAAGGCAGUGGCAAACGGGUUUGGAAGCUGCCUGGCUUAUGGCCCCCCAGGGUCUCCAUCACAGUGGGCGCCACCUUCGCCGUGAAGGAGACGUCCAACGUGUCGGCGGCCGAGGCGAUGGGCAAGAGCGAGGCGAUGGUGGCGCUGAGGCUGGUGGAUGGCCCCAAGUUCAAGCUGCUUUCGGUGAUCUCCUGCUGA